AUGGCACAACCACGAGUAUCACACUUAAAAGUCCUCAUAGCAGGCGCAGGACUAGGCGGACUAACCCUCGCACUCCUCCUUGAACAGGCCGGGAUCGAAUACACCAUCCUCGAAAAACACGAGGGAGACCUCAUCCCCCUGGGGAGCAGUAUAUCCCUCAACCAAUCGAUCCAGCCUCUGUUUGAACAGCUGGGGAUGCUUAAGGAAUUGGAAUCGAUUUCGAAACCGAUUAAUUCGAUGACUUUCUUGAAGGAGAAUAUGAAUAAGAUUGGGUCGCUGGAUCUUUCGUCUGAUGCUGUCCGGUAUGUCUCCUUUGUUGGCAUCUUGGAGGGUGUUCUGUCUUUGGUAUGGAGGAUGAUCAAGAAGGACAGGGCUGGAGUUUCAUACGAGGCAGAUAUCCUAGUAGGCGCCGAUGGAGCCUACUCGUGUGUCCGGCGGUGUCUGUACCGUGAUCUCCGGAGUGAGAACCUGUUGCCCAAAUCCGAUAUGGCCCCGUUGGCCUUUGACCAUCAUUGUCUUGUUGGUAUAACGGACCCAAUUGACCCGAUCUACUUCCCCGACCUGUCCAGAUCCACCUGCGACAUGAUGGUCGUCAUCGGCAAGGACAAGCCCUACUCGUCAGUUCUCUUUUUCAACAGUUUCAGCACCCGUUAA